UUAAGGUUGAUGUGAUAGACAGCAUUGAAAUUAUAUCUCGAACCCGGGAACUCUAUGUAGAUGAUUCACCACUGGAACUGAUGGUGAGGGCAUUGGAUGCUGAAGGAAAUACUUUUAGUAGUUUGGCAGGGAUGAUGUUUGAGUGGAGCAUUGCCCAGGAUAAUGAAUCAGCAAGAGAAGAACUGUCUAGCAAAAUUAGGAUUUUGAAAUACUCUGAAGCAGAAUAUUCUCCCCCUGUGUAUAUAGCUGAGAUGGAAAAGGAAGAGAAACAAGGAGAUAUGAUUUUGGUGUCAGGGAUUAGAACUGGUGCUGCUGUUGUAAAAGUUCGAAUUUCUGAACCAUUCUAUAAGAAAGUGGCAGCAGCAUUGAUACGUCUGCUUGUUUUGGAGAAUAUAUUUCUUAUACCAUCCCAUGAUAUUUAUCUCUUAGUAGGAGCAUAUAUUAAAUAUCGAGUUGCAAAAAUGGUUCAGGGAAGAAUGACAGAGGUGAAAUUUCCACUGGAACAUUAUACACUGGAAUUGCAAAACCACAGAGUUUCAUGUAAUGUGUCUCUUUCUGGGAAAGUGGCUUUACUGGAUGAGAAAACAGCCAUGGUGACUGCUGUCCAACUGGGCCACGCUAACCUUGUCUUUAUCCAUAAAAAUGUCCAUAUGCGAUCUUUGUCUGGACUCCCAAAUUGCACCAUAUAUGUUGUAGAGCCUGGAUUUCUAGGUUUCACAGUCCAACCUGGAGACCGUUGGAGUCUAGAGGUGGGGCAGGUGUAUGUUAUUACAGUAGAAGUAUUUGAUAAAAGCAGCACAAAAGUCUAUAUUUCAGAUAAUCUCAGGAUUAUGUACCAAUUCCCAAGAGAGUAUUUUGAAGAGCAGCUGACUACUGUGAAUGGAUCUUACAAUGUAGUGAAAGCCCUGAAAGAUGGUGUGGUCAUGAUAAAUGCAUCCCUGUCUUCCAUCAUUUACCAGAAUAAAAGUAUUCAGCCUAUAAAAUUUCCAAUUAUACAUCAGCAAGAAGUGAAGAUUUAUUUUCCCAUCAAGCUUACACCCAACUUUCUGGCAUUUCCUCAUCAUCCCAUGGGAAUGUUAUAUCGUUAUAAAGUACAGGUAGAGGGUGGCAGUGGCAAUUUCACCUGGACCUCUUCUAAUGAAACAGUGGCCAUGGUAACCACUAAAGGAGUGGUGACGACAGCUGGUCAGGUCAGGGGGAACAGCACUGUUUUGGCCCGAGAUGUACAAAAUCCUUUUCGAUAUGGGGAAAUUAAGAUAUGUGUUUUGAAACUGAACAAAAUGAAAAUGUUACCAUUUCAUGCUGAUGUAGAGAUUGGCCAGAUUAUAGAAAUCCCCAUUGCCAUGUAUCAUGUAAAUAAGGAAACCAAAGAGACCAUCGCGUUCACAGACUGCUCUCAUUUAUCCUUGGAUUUGAACAUGGAUAAGCAAGGAGUCUUCGCUCUUCUCAAAGAAGGUAUUCAAAGACCAGGACCAACACACUGUUCCAGUGCACAUAUAGCAGCCAAAUCUCUGGGCCAUACUUUGGUAACAGUUAGUGUGACUGAAUAUGAAGAGUAUUUGGGGAGCAGUGCCACAUUUGCUGCUUAUGAACCCCUAAAGGCUCUAAACCCUGUGGAAGUGGCACUGGUGACAUGGCACUCUGUAAAGGAAAUGAUAUUUGAAGGGGGCCCUCGUCCAUGGAUCUUGGAGCCCUCACGAUUCUUUUUGGAGCUGAGCAUGGAGAAGACAGAGAAAAUUAGAAUAACACAAGUCCGGCUGCCAGCUAAGAGAAAACAGAAUCAGUACAUCUAUCGGGUCCUGUGCCUGGAUUUAGGGGAACAAAUUCUGACAUUCCAAAUUGGAAAUCAUCCAGGUGUUCUGAACCCUAGUCCAGCUGUAGAAGUUGUGCAGGUACGCUUCAUAUGUGCCCACCCUGCCAGCAUAUCAGUAACUCCAGUAUAUAAGGUGCCAGCUGGUGCCCAGCCAUGUCCUCUGCCACAGCAUAACAAACAACUGAUUCCUGUAUCAAGCCUGAGAGACACAGUCCUGGAACUGGUAGUGUUUGAUCAACACAGGAGAAAGUUUGAUAAUUUCAGUUCACUGAUGCUAGAAUGGAAAUCCUCAAAUGAAACACUAGCUCAUUUUGAAAAUUACAAUUCAAUGGAGAUGGUAGCAAAGGAUGAUGGCAGCGGGCAGACCCGGCUACAUGGUCAAAGGAUCCUUAAAGUACAUCAGACAAAAGGGACUGUACUCAUUGGAGUCAAUUUUGUGGGCUAUUCAGAGAAGGAAAGUCCAAAGGAACUUUCCAACUUGCCCAGAUCUGCAGCUGUAGAGCUGCUCCUGGUAGAUGAUGUAACAGUAUCGCCUGAGAAUGCUACCAUCUAUAACCACCCUGAUGUGAAGGAAAUAUUUAGCCUUGUGGAAGGAUCUGGUUAUUUUUUAGUCAACAGUAGUGAGCAAGACAUUGCCACCAUCACUUACCUGGAAGCAGAAAGCUCUGUCCAGUUAGUUCCAGUACAUCCAGGAUUUCUCAGCUUGGAGGUCUAUGACUUGUGUUUGGCUUUCUUGGGUCCAGCAAUGGCUCACCUCAGGGUGUCAGACAUGCAAGAGCUGGAGCUUGAUCUGAUUGAUAAGGUUGAAAUAGGUAAAACUGUGUUAGUAACUGUGAGGGUUCUUGGCUCUUCCAAACGCCCAUUCCAAAAUAAAUACUUCAGGAACAUGGAGCUCAAACUGCAGUUGGCUUCUGCCAUUGUCACCCUGACGCUAAUGGAGAAACAGGACGAAUACUCUGAAAAUUAUAUCCUUCGAGCUAUCACUAUUGGGCAAACCACACUUGUAGCUAUUGCCAGGGACAAGAUGGGGAGAAAAUUCACGUCGGCUCCUCGGCAAAUUGAAGUGUUUCCUCCAUUCAGACUUGUUCCAGAGAAAAUGACACUGAUUCCAACUAAUAUGAUGCAGGUAAUGUCUGAAGGUGGCCCUCAGCCUCAAUCUAUCAUUCACUUCUCCAUCAGUAAUCAGACCGUGGCUGUUGUUAAUAGGAGGGGCCAAGUUACAGGGAAGGUAGUUGGCAGAGCUGUGGUCCAUGGCACCAUCCAGACAGUAAAUGAAGAUACUGGAAAAGUCAUUGUGUUUUCCCAGGAUGAAGUGCAGAUUGAAGUUGUGCAGCUAAGGGCUGUUAGGAUCCUUGCAGCUGCAACUCGACUCAUCACAGCUACUGAGAUGCCAGUUUAUGUCAUGGGAGUCACCAGUACCCAGACCCCUUUCUCCUUCAGCAAUGCCAACCCUGGGCUCACAUUCCACUGGUCCAUGAGCAAAAGGGACGUAUUGGAUCUAGUGCCCAGGCAUUCAGAGGUUUUUCUACAACUCCCAGUAGAGAAUAACUUUGCCAUGGUUGUCCACACAAAAGCAGCUGGUCGGACCAGUAUCAAAGUCACUGUCCGCUGUAUGAACAGUUCCUCUGGGCAGUUUGAGGGGAAUUUGUUGGAACUGUCUGAUGAAGUUCAGAUCCUGGUGUUUGAAAAACUCCAACUUUUCUACCCAGAGUGCCAACCUGAACAAAUUCUGAUGCCCAUGAAUUCUCAGCUCAAACUCCAUACCAACAGGGUAGGGGCCGCCUUUGUGAGUUCCCGUGUUCUCAAGUGUUUCCCUAAUUCAUCUGUCAUUGAGGAGGACGGUGAAGGGCUCCUGAAAGCUGGUUCCAUUGCAGGUACUGCUGUGUUGGAAGUCACCUCUUUAGAGCCUUUUGGAGUCAACCAAACAACUAUAACUGGGGUUCAGGUAGCACCAGUGACAUACCUGCGAAUGAGCAGCCACCCCAAGCUAUACACAGCUCAAGGAAGGACCCUAUCAGCCUUUCCCUUGGGCAUGUCUCUCACCUUCAUUGUUCAGUUUUACAAUAGCAUCGGAGAGAAAUUCCACACACACAAUACCCAGCUUUAUCUGGCUUUGAACAGAGAUGACCUGCUGCUUAUUGGACCAGGAAAUAGGAACUAUACUUACAUGGCUCAGGCUGUGAACAGAGGGGUGACACUUGUGAGGCUCUGGGACCAGAGACAUCCAGGCAUGGCAGAUUAUAUUCCUGUUUCUGUAGAGCACGCCAUCGAGCCAGACACCAAGCUUACCUUUGUCGGAGAUGUCAUCUGCUUCAGUACUCACCUCCUCAACCAGAAUGGUGAACCCGGGAGGUGGAUGAUUUCUGCUGAUGACAAUAUUCUACAAACAGACAUUGUCACUGGGGUAGGAGUGGCCAGGAGUCCAGGAAUAGCAACAAUUUUUCAUGACAUUCCAGGACUAGUAAAAACAUAUCGAGAGGUGGUGGUCCAUGCAUCAUCAAGAUUAACAUUCAGUUAUGACCUUAAGACUUAUCUCACCAAUACCCUCAAUUCAACUGUGUUCAAGCUCUUCAUCACCACUGGCAGAAAUGGUGUCAAUCUUAAAGGUCAGCAAUCUCUUUAUAGUUCUCGGUCAUUAUUCCCACCUUUCCCAUUCUCCCUCAAUUCAUUUGCCCCUUUGAAUUAGCAAUACAAGUUUUCUUUCAUUUCAAAAUUGAUUCUACUUUUACAAAGAAAUCACUGAGGGACUUCCCCGGUGGUCCAGUGGUAAAGAAUCCGCCUUCCAAUGCAGGGGAUGCGGGUUUGAUCCCUGGUUGGGGAACAACUAAGCCCGUGCGCCACAACUACUGAGCCCUUGCGCCUCAAGAGAGCCUGCAUGCUGCAAACUACAGAGCCCACGCGCCACAGCUAGAGAGAGAAAAACCCACACGCCAUAACUAGAGAGAAGACUGUGUGCUGUAAGGAAGAGCCCGCGCGCUGCAAGGAGAGAUCACGUGCCACAAACAAGACCCGAUGCAGCCAAAUAAAUAAAUUAUGACUAGAUUAAGGUUUUGAAAUAGGCUCAACCUAGUCACUGUUGUCUUUUUAGUUAUAACCCUGAGAUCAAGAGGUAGCCUAGACCAAGGAUUUCCAAACAUGGCUGAUUUUUAAGGUUAUCCAAAGAAAUUUUUAAAAAAUACAGAUUCUUAGGCUCCAUCCAGAUUUAAUAAGUUUGGGAUAGAGCCUAGGAUACAAUUUUUUUUUUUUUUUGGCUGCGUUGUCUUUGUUGCUGCACACCGACUUUCUCUAGGUGUGGUGAGCGGGGGCUGCUCUUCAUUGCAGUGCACGGGCUUCUCAUUGCAGUGGCUUCUCUUGUUGCAGAGCACAGGCUUUAGGUGCACGGGCUUCAGUAGCUGCAGCAUGCGGGCUCAAUAGUUGCGGCGUGCGGGCCCUAGAGUGCGCAGGCUUCAGUAG